GUUUCUCUCUCUCUCCCACUUUUAGCACACGGUCUGGAUCUUUCGGGCCAGUUUGGCUGUUGAAACCAGCAAGCUGGCUCACUCAUCUUGCAUUUUGCCACUUCUUUGCGUCUGGUGCAGUGGGACAAGAGGGAAGAACACAGAUGACGAGACAACUUAGUUGGGAUACUAGCUUUGCUUCAUAGCAAGCAUGGCUAAAGGUGUCCAGUUGACGAGCAGGGACCAUGGAGAGGCUUUUCCUGUUUGUGACGCUGGCGGUGGCGGUGGCGGCGGCGGCGGUUCGUGCACAGGUCUGCCCAAAGCGUUGCGUUUGUCAGAUCCUGUCCCCCAACCUGGCCACCCUCUGUGCCAUGAAAGGUCUACUAUUUGUUCCGCCAAACAUCGACAGGCACACGGUGGAACUGAGGCUGGCCGACAACUUUGUCACCAGUGUAAAGAGGAAAGACUUUGCAAACAUGACGCGGCUUGUGGACCUCACGUUAUCCAGAAACACCAUCUCCUACAUCACACCUCAUGCCUUCGCUGAUCUGGAGAACCUCCGAGCUCUGCAUCUCAACAGUAACCGGCUGACAAGGAUAGCCAACGACACGUUCAGUGGCAUGUCCAAGCUCCACCACCUGAUUCUGAACAACAACCAGCUGGUACUGAUUCACCAGGGAGCGUUUAAUGACCUGCUGGCACUAGAAGAAUUGGAUCUCAGUUAUAAUAACCUUGAUUCCAUUCCAUGGGAGGCCAUUCAGAAAAUGACAAGCCUUCAUACACUGAGUUUGGACCACAACAUGUUGGACUUUAUCCCAGAGGGGACAUUUUCAUUGCUCCAGAAACUCAACCGGCUUGAUGUCACCUCAAAUAAACUGCAAAAGCUCCCACCUGACCCUCUCUUUCAACGAGCACAGGUUUUGGCCACCUCUGGGAUCUUGAGCUCCUCCACCUUUGCACUAUCAUUUGGUGGAAACCCGCUGCAUUGCAACUGCGAGCUACUUUGGCUGCGAAGGCUUAACCGAGAGGACGACUUGGAGACGUGCGCCUCACCUCAGCACCUCUCUGGACGCUACUUUUGGUCCAUUCCCGAGGAGGAGUUUCUGUGCGAACCCCCACUCAUAACGCGAUACUCCCAUGAGAUGAGGGUCCUCGAAGGACAGAGAGUGUCACUCAGAUGUAAGGCCAGAGGUGACCCGGAGCCAGCCAUACAUUGGAUAUCUCCCGAUGGCAAACUGGUCUCAAACUCCUCCAGAACGCUGGUCUACGUCAACGGAAGUCUGGACAUCCUCAUCAGUACUGUAAAAGACACAGGCUCUUUUACCUGCAUCUCCUCCAACCCUGCCGGCGAAGCUCACCAAACUGUCGACUUGGUCAUCAUUAAACUCCCGCACAUCUCCAACAACACCAACAACAUUCAGGAGCCGGACCCGGGAUCGUCUGACAUAUCCACAUCUACCCGUAGCGGAAGCAACGGAAGCAAUGUGACGGGCGACGGGAAGGGUGGAGUCGAAAAGAGGCUGGUGAGCGCCGAGGCCACGUCGUCGACGGCGCUGAUCAAGUUUCACUUCCAGAGCAAUAUUCCGGGUAUCCGGAUGUUCCAGAUCCAAUACAACGGGAGCCAAGAUGAUUCACUUGUGUAUCGAAUGAUCCCUCCAUCAAGUAAGAGCUUCCUGGUCAACAACCUGGCAGCAGGAAGCCAGUACGAUCUAUGCGUGCUGGCCAUCUACGACGACAUCAUCACCUCCCUGACGGCCACCCGCGUGGUAGGAUGCGUGCAGUUCACCACCGAGUCCGAGUAUAUGAGGUGCCAUUUUAUGCAAUCCCAAUUCCUCGGCGGGACGAUGAUCAUCAUCAUCGGAGGGAUUAUAGUGGCUUCUGUGCUCAUUUUCAUCAUCAUCUUGAUGAUACGUUACAAGGUGUGCAACCCAGGAGAUGGCGUUAAAGGCAUGUCAAUGUCCAUGACCAACGUUCACUCUCAGACAAACGGGCAAAGGUGCAGCGUGACCCCCAGUAACUCCAAGCACGCCUCCAUCGGAUUGGAGGACCUGUCAAAGAAGAAGAGUGGAGGGAAGGACGGCGCCUCCGCCUCCGCCGCCAGAACCACCACCACCACCACCACCACCACAACCACCACAACCACCUCCACAACCACCACGCUUUCAUCCAACUCCUCCCUACCCGACCGCUCCACGGACACAUCUGUUCUCAGCCAGCAUUGGACAAUACUUGGGGCUGAAGAACAAGUCAAAGUGGGUGAGGAGAGAGCUCGAGCCAGCCUCUCCUCGACCGCCGCCGCCAGCUCGUUGGGCAGGCCGAAGCGUAAGCCCGCUCCAAGUAAACCGGGCUCGGCUUGCUCAAACACCUCAGCCGCCCCGGAGAACCUCCCGAGCGCGUGCCCUCGCGCCCCUUCCGCUUCUGCCUCGACCGCCUCUUCCGCUCCUCUAGAUACGCUCAACACCAACCGCAACAAUUCCACCUCACUUACGCAAGGGCGGCCGCCGCCUCCUCCCAUUGGCAACCUUCGUCCACUUCCCUCCGUCCGCUAUGGGGAAACGCCCAUUCUGCGCCGGGCUCCCCGCGCCCGCACCUCCUCCGCUGCCAAGUACCAGACUCUCCCCGUGGAGGAGGGAGGCCGGAGCAGGCCGAGGAGGAGGUAUUCCCUCAGCGAAGGGGGCUCAAAGACUCUGGCGUACAAUCCAGGGAGCGCGGCCAAAUUAGGACGCACGCUGCGGGACAAAAGGAGUCAAUCCAUGAGCGGAAUGCUCUUCUCCAAAGAUGGCGAGGGCGACUCUAAUAGAGGGCGCUGUGAUUCGGACUGGAUCUUGGAAAGCACGGUUUAAAUUGAAACCAGACAAGACGUUAGCUAUUGUUAUUUUGGGUGUGGCGUGCGUCGCGUCUCUUUGUGGGACCGGAAGCUAAAGUGAGCCUAUGACCUCAAUAUUUGUGCGAGCAUGGACAAGGAGGAGUCUAUUUCUGAGUGACAAGUGGUCUUCUUUUGAAGGCUUUUUUAUGUCUGUUUCACAAGCAGUUUUGACACCUUUGUUUCCAAGUCUAUCCUUCAGCAAGUGGAGAUCUUGCCUUGCCUUGUCUCGUCGCGUCGCGUCCUCGACUUGUCCUGUUGGUUCCACUUGAUAGCACAAAAGAAUACAAGUCAAUGGGCUCACUGCAUCAUUAUCACUUGAUCUGCAAAUACCACAAAAAAGGGAGGAAGAAAAAGAGAAUGAAGAGAAAUAAUGUCUAGAGUCGACAGCAAGUGUGUGUGCGUGCGUGCGUGUGUGUGCGUGUGCGUGCGUGUGUGUGUGUGUGUGUGUGUGUGUGUGUGUGUGCGCGUGUGUGUGUGUGUGUGUGUGUGUGUGUGUGUGUGUGUGUUUGUGUGUGUGACCACGCCGUGGCAAGAGAUAGCAGUCGGUGCCUUCUUUUGCACAAAAAUACUCCAAGCGGAAGUAGCUCUCGGUCGGACAAACGUUUUCACACAGCCUUGUGUUUCUUGGCAAAUAGACUGAAUAUCAAAUGGAAACUUUAUGGACCUCUUAUGAAAUUGAUAUUUUUUAAAAGGGAAAAAAAAGAACAUACAAAAAAAAAAAGCUUUUGGCUGACGUUGGUAUACUUCAGCCUGGGUUGUUGGUCACAUGUUACCGCAAAGCUCAUGUACAGAAAAAGACAACAUGUGCUGUGUUGUUAUGUUGUGUAAAAUAAAAUUUUAAAAAACCCAAAAGGGUUGAAUUAAAAACUUCUGGUGUCAUGGUCGGAACAAAGUCACUUUUUGUGUCACCGCAGUAGACAAAAAUGAGUUUUGGAAGAAUUAAAUUGGAGACAAAAGUUAAUCUUGAGUUUCUCUCCCACUCAUUGAGAUAAAGUCGCCGCUCUGACCACAGCCGUGAACAAAAGCAUCGCGCUGUGUGCAUAUGGUGACACAGAGCUCAAGGCGGGCAACGUGAC